AUGUCCGCAAUUGUAACAACUGUCUUAAAGGGUACCCUCGGAUUUCUCAUAAAGAAAGGCCGAAAAGCAGCUGUGGAGAGGCUGAAGGAUGGCGACGUUACAAACGAAAAAUUGAAGAACUGGAUCGUGGAUGAAAUCGACAGUGUAAAUUCGAAGCUUGAUGCAAUGGCGAAGAAAGAUCUCGGAGCAAGUAUUUCCUUUUUCAGGGAAGGACUAGUUUUCCUUAAUAAUGCAAUGGAAACGAAAACUUGCGGCAUAGGAAGUUUAAACGCAAGUCCUGUAGAAGUGAGAAAAGUUAAAAAUGUGAAAGAAGAAAACUUCGAAGAGAGCAAUGAAAAAGCAAAUCCUGAAGCACUAAAAGAGGCGGCGUCCUGGCCCAAGUUGUUUUGGUCGAUUGCUUCUCAAACAACAGGCUUCUGGGACCACGGUAGAGAGGAUGAGAAAGGGUUGAAAGCUGCUUCUCAAAUGACAGAGGAACCGGAAAGGUCCUCUGGUGCAGAGGAAAACGAAUUGUCUUUCACAGGGGAACUGAGGAAGGUGAAUCUAAACAGUCUUAAUGAAAUCGAAGAAGCAAUCCUUGACGCAAAGAAGAGGUUUGACGAUGCUCGACGAAAAGCGACAGAAGCCUUUAACAAUGAAGUUCUCACCCCCUUGGAUCGUAUCCUAGCCAUGGGUGUUCGUCUAAUGGCAACAAUAUUGGAGAAAGUAGAUAACCCGGUAAGUACCUUAGACGCGUGUAUAUCUGGCCUCAACGAACUACACUCGAUGCCGUUUGUUACAGAGAAUUUUAGCGUUGAACUUGAAAAAGGCAUCAAGUCAAGAUUCAGCAAGGAUGAACGAAGGCAAAUUAUUUCCUUCGUCUGUCAAGUAAAUCGCACCAUUUACGACUUCGCGUUACUGGUAAGCACUAAAGAAGUGUUGUCCUUUUGGCCCUGCGUUGAAAUCGCAAAUGAGAGGGUCGAUCCUCUUCGCGACUCAAGAAUGGCAAACAUACUGCGUAAGCUAGAGAUGGGUGACUUUUGUUUAGCUUGGUCAUUUGGUCAGGAGGACGAACUAGAAGAUCAAAGGUUUGCUAGUAUAGCAACCAAUACUCUUGGACAGUUCCUUGUUGUCGACAAGGGGGGAAAAUGUGUGAAAAUGUUCGACGCUUCUGGCAAAUUUUUAAAAUCUUUUAAUCCUUCCACCAAAUAUGGUCAACUUGUAGCUGUAGCUACUGACCAAGAUGACAACAUUUACGUGCUGGGGAAUGAAAGGUCUGGAAAAAGUGCUAAGGCUUUCCUGCAAGUGUUAAAUAAUUUAGGUCAGUUGCUAGAUGAUUUUGAAGUUGGCUUCGAGUUACAAGCUGUGACGGUAAAAGUAAUGGCCAGUCGCCUCGUUCUUGUACCGGUACAUUUUGAAGUAGGCUACGAGCAAUCCGCGCCUAGGUGGGCUUAUGAUGAUUAUUAUGUGGUUUUGAAUAAUACCAAAGGGAAGCGUAUUGGCUUCCUUUCCGAGAAAACUUUAAAAGAUAUCCGAGAUAUCGCAACUGCUGAUGACCUUAUUAUGAUCUUGGAUAUUGUAUUUUAUUAUCAGGAGAUAAACUAGAAAGGGAUAACCUCUUUUAUCUCCUUUUCACUUUCCGAUUUGGAUUUGUGAAUAAACAGUUAUUAUUAUUAUUAUUAUUAUUAUUAUUAUUAUUAUUAUUAUUGUUGCAGUUCUCUGACUCGGCUCAAUUGAAAGACCCUCAGUCUUGAAGGUAUGUAAAUGUACUAGGUUUCCUGUUUUAUUUGUUUCAAGGGCACUUUUCUUAAUAAAGAAUAUGUAUGAUAUAUAUUGAACGAUUAAAUCGUGAAUUUGGCAACAACUUUUUUUGACAGGUUUAAAUGUAAAUGCAAGAAUGUGUUUAUUAAGUCUACAAGGUUGUAACAUUUUCAACAAGAUUUUAGGUAUCAUUUUAACGCAUUGGUUACUGUUUUAGGUCUUCCGCGUUUUGCCCGAUUACUUCCACUUCAUGAGGGGGCCUGCUUUGUUCCUUCCGUUCCAUAAAUCUUAUUCAUUGUCGUCAAAAAACACAAUAAUCAACAAGGAAUAAAAGCAAAAUUCCAAAGCUAUUUUAGGAUUGACAGCUCAAUAUAGGCACGGACAAAGUACAACUGGUCGCUGCCUAUGAAAUUGAGCCUCUUGUUGCUGCCUUUUAAACGCAUUAGGAUACUUAGUAUUAACUCCUAAGUUUUAUGUCAUUAGACGGUUCAUAUAUUGAACAUAUGAAUAUCCUUUUCUUGUUGUAGUUCCCUGACUCGGCUCAACUAUACGACUCUCAGUUUUGAAGGUACGUACUAAGUUUCCUUUUUCAUUCCUUUCAAGGGCACUUUUCUUAAUAAUGAAUAUAUAUGACACAUAUUGAGCGAUUAAAUAGUGAAUUCGGAAACAACUUUUUUUGACGUGUGUAAUGUACAAAGGUACAAAGGAUUGCCCCUAAACCACUAAACAUGUCCUGAAUUAAUGAUAACUUGUUCGUGUGCAAAACUCAAGUUCUUAGUUCUUCUUAAACGCGGGUUUCUUCUCUUUCUCUUGUCGAUAUCGGGGCAAAGAACCGCUACUUUAUUCAAUUAUCGAGGAGUACCCGAGGAGACGUCGGCUCUGCCAGCCGGUACCUAAUAACAGUUGGUAAACAAACCUUGACAUUCAGACCUAUAGCCGUGACAACCGUGCGUCUACCUCACCGGACUGAGUUACUAACAAAACAACCAACAAAAAAGACAAGUAUAAAAACGCUUUGUUACUGAUUUGCACAGUAAAAGGUUUUUUCCCUUUCACGCUUGGCAUGCAUGGCUGGGUAUGGAGCAAGCGAGAAAACUUAGUUGAAAAUCAGUAGGGGCCAUCGCUGAGGUAAACACCGUUCCACUGAUCACCGCGAUACAAUUUGCUUAUAUCUGAAAAUAUUUCUAAAUUUCUUAAUAACCGUAAGCCGUCAAAAUUCGUGGAAAAAAUCAACCGUCAACCGACAAAGCCACCACUUCAUUGAGACCCUCCUGUAUCAUAAGAGGUUGUAAAGGUCGUAGUGUAAUGCCUCUCAGAUCUGCAAUUUGGCUUUUUUUAAUUGUUUUUAAAGACCUCUAAUUAAGCUUUACUAAAUGAAAAAGUAGCCGUCUAUAUUUGUUUCAUGUUUGCCGUUUUUAUUUUUAUUUUUCCUGUUUGCCAUAGUCGGUACGACUUGCUUAACAGUCACCUAAGCACAAACAUGGAAAGUAUUUUUUAAAUCUUUUUCGAGAGCAAAAAUAAAUAUGAAGAUCUUGUAUCUUAUAAUCUAAAAAAACAUGCAAACAUGCAGCAAAAGAAAUCUGUCUUUUUUGUUCCAAAGCCUUACCUUUUUUUUUUUUUUUUUUUUUUUUUUUGCUUCCCACAGUCACUUUUUGCUAUAUAUAGCUAGAAACAGCAACAAGUGAUGUCCGCAAUUGUAACAACUGUCUUAAAGGGUACCCUCGGAUUUCUCAUAAAGAAAGGCCGAAAAGCAGCUGUGGAGAGGCUGAAGGAUGGCGACGUUACAAACGAAAAAUUGAAGAACUGGAUCGUGGAUGAAAUCGACAGUGUAAAUUCGAAGCUUGAUGCAAUGGCGAAGAAAGAUCUCGGAGCAAGUAUUUCCUUUUUCAGGGAAGGACUAGUUUUCCUUAAUAAUGCAAUGGAAACGAAAACUUGCGGCAUAGGAAGUUUAAACGCAAGUCCUGUAGAAGUGAGAAAAGUUAAAAAUGUGAAAGAAGAAAACUUCGAAGAGAGCAAUGAAAAAGCAAAUCCUGAAGCACUAAAAGAGGCGGCGUCCUGGCCCAAGUUGUUUUGGUCGAUUGCUUCUCAAACAACAGGCUUCUGGGACCACGGUAGAGAGGAUGAGAAAGGGUUGAAAGCUGCUUCUCAAAUGACAGAGGAACCGGAAAGGUCCUCUGGUGCAGAGGAAAACGAAUUGUCUUUCACAGGGGAACUGAGGAAGGUGAAUCUAAACAGUCUUAAUGAAAUCGAAGAAGCAAUCCUUGACGCAAAGAAGAGGUUUGACGAUGCUCGACGAAAAGCGACAGAAGCCUUUAACAAUGAAGUUCUCACCCCCUUGGAUCGUAUCCUAGCCAUGGGUGUUCGUCUAAUGGCAACAAUAUUGGAGAAAGUAGAUAACCCGGUAAGUACCUUAGACGCGUGUAUAUCUGGCCUCAACGAACUACACUCGAUGCCGUUUGUUACAGAGAAUUUUAGCGUUGAACUUGAAAAAGGCAUCAAGUCAAGAUUCAGCAAGGAUGAACGAAGGCAAAUUAUUUCCUUCGUCUGUCAAGUAAAUCGCACCAUUUACGACUUCGCGUUACUGGUAAGCACUAAAGAAGUGUUGUCCUUUUGGCCCUGCGUUGAAAUCGCAAAUGAGAGGGUCGAUCCUCUUCGCGACUCAAGAAUGGCAAACAUGCUGCGUAAGCUGGAGAUGGGUGACUUUUGUUUAGCUUGGUCAUUUGGUCAGGAGGACGAACUAGAACAUCGGCUUGCCUUAGCGACUAGUAUAGCAACCAAUACUCUUGGACAGUUCCUUGUUGUCGACAAGGGGGGGAAAUGUGUGAAAAGGUUCGACGCUUCUGGCAAAUUUUUAAAAUCUUUUAAUCCUUCCACCAAAUAUGGUCAACUUGUAGCUGUAGCUACUGACCAAGAUGACAACAUUUACGUGCUGGAGAAUAAAAGGUCUGGAAAAAGUGCUAAGGCUUUCCUGCAAGUGUUAAAUAAUUUAGGUCAGUUGCUAGAUGAUUUUGAAGUUGGCUUCGAGUUACAAGCUGUGACGGUAAAAGUAAUGGCCAGUCGCCUCGUUCUUGUACCGGUACAUUUUGAAGUAGGCUACGAGCAAUCCGCGCCUGCGUGGGCUUAUGAUGAUUAUUAUGUGGUUUUGAAUAAUACCAAAGGGAAGCGUAUUGGCUUCCUUUCCGAGAAAACUUUAAAAGAUAUCCGAGAUAUCGCAACUGCUGAUGACCUUAUUAUGAUCUUGGAUAGAAAAUCCACUGUCUUUGUAUUUACAGAUGCAUGUGUUAGUGACGAAGAUCGUCCUGUUUCACAACUCCAUAAGAAGUUUCCAGUCCGUGGAAAGGCCAGUGCUAUUACGUUUCAUCCAAAAAGCAAACGCCUGAUCGUUGUCUCAAAAAUCGAAGACCAUCGUUGGCAACUGCUGUUUUACAGUAAAGAAUUCAAAUUUGAACGUAGCAUUGACCUUGACGUGGAGCAAAACUACUGCAUAACUGGGGCUACAGUGACCACGGAUGGACGCAUUUGUAUA